AUCCACCUAGAGACGUAAUGUCUCGUUCGCAGACAAAGAAAAAGGAGGCUGUUUCUAGCAAAGUCAACUUCUCCAGCAGAAGGACGGUGUCUCAGAUUUUCUCUACCGCUGACAGUCAGGCAGGCUUCAGAAACAAGACUUUCAUCUGGCCAGAGUGGAAUGAUGCAGACAUCGCCAAAGAGAGAUGGGACUCGAGCAAAGCGCCCGACGAGGGGAAGAGAACCAAGAGUCCAGUGCAUCCGUUCUUUGAUGAUCCAGAGGGUAAAGUCCAGUUGCCUAGAACUUUGAAAGUGCAUUCCUGGAAGCGCCCGGUGGAUUUUAUGCCCAGCAAAGCUCCUGUAGUUGUUGAGAGAAUGGAAUUCUUUGACCUGAUCAGCCCAAACGGUCACUUGCUUUGUAGUGAGCUGAUGAGGUGGAUCAUCAGUGAAAUUUACAUUGUCUGGUCGCUGUGUAAGAGCGCAUGCAAGGAGGAAUGGAAUCCUUGGGAGCAUAUUUACUCCCUUUGCAAGGUCAUGAAAGGUCAUUUGCCGCUCUACAACAGCUACGGGAAAUAUGUGGUCAGGCUUUAUUGGAUGGGUUGUUGGAGGAAGAUAACGGUGGACGAUUCUAUUCCAUUUGAUGAGGAUAAUAAACUGCUGCUUCCAGUGUCAACUAGUCCAUCGGAGCUGUGGCCCAUGCUGCUGGCAAAAGCUCUUAUUAAAAUCGCAAACACUAAUCCCUUGUCAGAUGUCGAGGGAGAGAUGGGAGACUUUUCCUUCAUCCACAACCUCACCGGGUGGAUCCCAGAGAUCACCUCCAUAAAGCCCGGAAAUAUGUACAAAAUCUGGGAUUUUUUACAAGAAAACCUUCCGAUAUUUUCCCACCCAGAGGAGACUUCACUCAAGGAGGAAGUCGAGGAAGUUGAGUCUCCCUCAACGACUGAAUCUCUUGAGGAGGAAACCGGCAGCAUCAAGUCGGGGUCAGAUGAUGGCAUGCCAGAACUAUUGGUAUGCGCGGCUUUCUACAACCACCAGUCACAAAAGAAUUCGUCCGGGUUUAAGCAAAUGGCUGAUUUCUCAGAAUAUCUGCGACGCUAUGAGCUCUCUCAGAUGCUCAGUCACAUUGUUCUUUUGACCAGGACCCGAGCAUGUCCUUUGGAACCUCCACCAAAACCAGAAACCGUGCCCAGGUGGAAACUCAUCCGGCCUCGGAAGGAGAUUCUGAUCACAGACGAACCUCGGAUAACCCCGAUGCCAAAACCAGAGGAGUUCAUUGAGAUCUCCAGCCCUUUCAUUGCCAUGAACACUCAGAUCAGCGAGCCAGAGGUCCCAGACACAGAGGCCGUAGCGGUUAAGCCAAAACCCAAGAGGAAAAGGUCCUAUAUGUCCCAUCUGAUGUCCAUUGUUGAAGGAGAGAAUGAAAACGAGGAGCCUGAACCCCAAAAACUGUCUCCGGCUCAGACUAGGCCUACAUCUGCAAGCAGCAUAAUAGAAGAAGAGGCUCCUUUAGAGGACACUAAGAAAGAAGGUGAAGAUCAGAUAGAUGAAGACCAACCGGAUAACCCUGAGGAAGCCGAGGAGCCAUCAGUUACUGUAAAGUCCUUGUUGAAAGAGACCUGGAUAGACAAGGAGGAUUUUGCCAACUGCUUCCAGACUCUACUUGUCUUCCAUAAACCCCAAAAAUACCAAUAUCAGUUUAAGGCUUCCCAUCUGAAAAUCAACAUCUUGACAAAAGCCAUGUGUCUUGCUGCUUCAGCUACGACUUCUCCGUCUAAUGGCCCAACUACCGAGCUGGUUUCUGUGGCCGGACCAGAAUGUGCUGAAGUAAGAGGGAUUCACUACAUGUGCAUGGACAGUCUGGAACCUUCAGAGAUCCUCAUCAGUUUCUCUGCUCUGCUUCUCUGGAAUGAAACUACGCAGGAACUGAGGUCUAUUAGCGCAGUUCUCCUUGCUCAGCCACACUGUUGGAAGAACCAAAAGCCCAGGCUCCACAUUUUGACCAUCAAGACCACUUACUCAAAGGCGAUCAUGCUCAACUUGCCUGCGGGGCGGCAUGUAUUAGCAUUCCACGCAAGAGCAACACAUGGCUACCAUAUUCACCUCUGCAGCAAGUCGCCCUUUGUUUUUGGAGAUGAAGACACUAUCAUUACACACUCGGCCAAGGAAAGUGCCCGUUUCACCCAACAGGCCAUGUCUAUCACGGAUGCUCUCUCGGAUUUAGUGGCGUCCUUCAAAGAUGGGAAUGACCAGCAAGUUUUGAGGAGAGCGCUGGAAAAAGCUUACUGUCCCAAACACAUUAAGACAGUUCACGAGAAAUGCGAACUGCGGAAGGUGUUUAACUCUGCAGUCUAUCACAUGUUGUUGGAGGUCCUCGGACGGAUGCUUACAACAGAGGAAAACUUUGCUGUUAUGGCCCUCACUGCUGACCCCACACUCUUGGCCACUAUUACCAGAGAACUGGCCCCUUCACUAGAGGCACAGGCAAAUCCGCCCGAGAACUGGAUUGAACGCGAACCAACACGGGCAGAGCUCCAGGCAGUCAUCGUUCUACAGGCGGCAUUCAGAAGACACUUGGUGCGAGCAAUGCUGCAGGCUUUCAAGCACGGUACCAAGGAGAACGUCAGUGUGUCUACAGUCCUUUAUGACAUGUGGUCCAUUGUUAAAAUCGACAUCGACAAAAACUCUGCCUUCCUGCUCCUGUAUAUCAUUGGUCACUAUAAGACCAAAGCAGAACUCUAUCCCUGCCAGCACGAUGAGCCAACCCGAAUCUCCUUUGUGGAUUAUGUGGUACCUCUACAGGACAUCUCCCGCUUCUGGGCCUUGAUCUUUAGGGAAGUGUUUGUCGUUCCACAGAGAAUGUUGCUCAUCCCAAAGAUCGACUCUCCGUUCCCAAACUGUCUGCUGCACAUCAUAGAUAACGACACAGGAGAAGAGUUAGGCUUGCUGUUCAAAAAAAACCCUCCUCACAUCUAUUAUCCCAAUAAAAACGGUUAUACCUUUCUAGCAGAGGCAGUCACUCCCGAAAACCCUCCUACGGGUCUUAAAUGGAGAAUGCGCUUGAUUGGUACAAGAGAACCGCUCGCUCAGCUGUCACACGAUGGUCCAAUUAACACAUUUGCUGUGAAGGAAAUAAGAGAUUACUACAUUCCUAAUGACAAGUACAUAAUGUGCUGUUAUUGCGUGACAGUGGAGACCGAUGUUCUAGCAACAGUACAGUUUCAGACCUCCAAGAUGGACGUCUUCAUACGGCUUUACAUUCUGGAUGGAGAAACAGAGAUGGCCAGCACCACAGCGAGAGGCCAUGUUUUAAUUCCGAUUUUUAAUUUUUUGGCCAACGAAAUCCCCACUGACCCCUCUGAAGAGACUGCAGAAGACAGGGAAGCAAGAGAAGAAGAAGAAGCGAUGAUGGAGGACUACUUUGAGGACAGUUCAACCGUGAAAUCAGACUCAUCGGCCCAAGCUCCAGCGCAGAAGAUCGAGCACAACUACUUUGUGAAAGCUGAGGUGCUUUAUCAGAGCUGGGAGUUGGAUGAAUCUCAGAUGGCCUUUGUCACCAUGCACGUGAGAGAGAAGAACGAAAUGAAAGUCAAUUUGGAGGCAACUAAGGAGGAGGAGGCAAGACCAAGCUCACCAAAAGGAAAAGGUAAAGGUGAAGCCGAUAAAAAGAAGGGGAAACCAGGCAAAGGACAAACCCCAAAUAAGCCAGAAAUAACCAUUGAUGUAACAAAGCCCAAUUGGACAUUGCGUGUGGUUGUUGAGAAAAGCAAAGGGGAUGAUGUCAUGGUGACAAAGGACAUGGAAAGAAUCGACCAAAUCAAGGCCAUUAAAAAAGCCUGGGAAACUGCAGAAGAAGGGCGCGCUGCCAAAGCAUACAAGUCUCGUCUGGAUUUUCUUAGUGAGUUCCAACAAGAAUCGAUGCAAGACUCUCAAACAGAUGAGACUGAGGAGCAAGCUCUGGCACCUGAUGAAGUUGCUUCUUCCAGUGCUCUGGAGGGAACUAGUCAAGAACCAACGGCCCUCUCAGGCUUGUACAUGUUCCGUCCCAUGGAUUACUCUCCCUUUAUCAGACGGGAGGAGGAGUCUGCAACUGUGGUGGACAACAAAGUAGAGGAGAUCAGACAGAAGGAGCGAUUGGAGAAGAUCCAGACCUAUCGGCGGAUAAGAGCGGAAGUCCUGGUACACCGUGAGCAGCAGGAAAGAAACAGAAAGGAGUUGAUGAAGCACCAGUUGGACAUAUACACCAACAUGCAGGCAGAAGUGUGGCAUCAUCAUAAGCAUUUCCUGGAGACCAAGGAACAUCUGAGGGGUCUCCACCACCAUCAUCAUCAUCAUCACGGUCAUCAUGAGGAGGCGCAUUAAGUGGAUCUCGCAGAAGUUAUCGUCAAGUGUAAGCUUUCACUGCUCGCCAUAUCCACAGUGCUGUUCACUCCUGAGCAAUUCUGAAACUAGAAAACAAAGCUUUUCUACAACCCCAUGAUGAGAAGAUAUUUUCCUCUAGUCCUUUUGUCUCCUACAAUAAUUCCUUCCUGACACUUUAAAUGUGCAUGUUGUUUGACCUUUUGCCACUGGUGCUUGGUAUAAAUAAAG